AUGAUUCGUGUUAUUGUUAAUGGUGCCUGUGGGCGCAUGGGUAAGAUGAUUACGCAAGGCGUUUCAGAACAGGAAGAUAUGCAGAUUGUCGGUGCUAUCGAAUUCUCUGAGCAUCCGCAACUUGGGCAGGAUGUAGGAGAAGUAGCCGGAAUUGGGACAAUCGGUGUGCCUGUUACCAGUGAUCUGCCUGCAAUUCUGGAUGACGGAGACGUUGUGAUUGAGUUCACAUCGCCAAGUGCAACCAUUGAGCAUCUCCAGAACGUUGUAGACGCCGGAAAGCGGAUGGUCAUCGCAACAACAGGAUAUGAUGAAGAGGAAUUAGCACAGGUGCACGCACUCGCACCUCAAAUCCCGUGCGUGAUGGCAUCCAACAUGAGCGUCGGCAUCAAUGUUAUGUUGCAAGCGAUUCAACUCGUUGCAAAUGUGCUCGGGGACGACUAUGACGUGGAGGUCAUUGAAGCACAUCAUAAUCAAAAAGUCGAUUCACCGAGUGGGACCGCCCUACGGAUGGCUGAGGUUCUCGCUCAAACAUUGGACAGAAAUCUUUCAGAAGUCGGCGUGUACGGUAGGCACGGCAUCGUCGGAAAGCGCACCAAGAAGGAGAUCGGUAUACACGCCAUUCGAGGAGGAGACCUUGCCGGCGAUCACACAGUUUUAUUUGUCGGUACGGGUGAUCGUCUUGAGAUAACACAUCGCGGUCAAAACCGUGAACCGCUUGCGCGGGGAGCGAUUCGUGCAGCACGGUGGGUGAUGGGUGCACCGAAAGGCUUGCAUGACAUCGCAGAAGUCCUGUUCUAA